AUGGCCACCCUCUUCCGCUCUUCGCGCAGCCUGCGCCCUCUAACCCGCCUCUCAACCCGACAAACCGCCCGCUCCUCUCUGCGCUAUGCAUCAAGCACACCAUGCCGGCAUGGCGCUGCCGCAGCCGCAAUUGUCGACUCCUCAAGCACCGAGACGCCUUUCUUCCCAGACGAGCCCGCUGGGCCUACAGUCACGACGGCUAUUCCGGGCCCUAAUGCUCAGAAGGCCAUCGCAGAACUACACAAAGUGUUCGACACUCGCUCUCUAAAUAUGAUGGCGAACUACCAACACAGCUACGGUAACUAUAUUGCUGAUUUGGACGGAAACAUUCUACUCGAUGUCUACGCCCAGAUUGCGUCGAUCCCCGUGGGAUACUCAAACCCGGCAUUGGUUAAGACCGCCAUGUCACCCGAGAUGGUGUCCGCCCUUGUUAAUCGCCCUGCGCUCGGCAACUUCCCCCAGCACGACUGGGCCAGCAUCCUGGAGACAGGAAUUCUCAAGGUGGCCCCGCGUGGGCUCAACCAGGUAUUUACGGGAAUGUCUGGCUCCGACGCGAAUGAAACGGCAUACAAAGCCGCGUUCAUGUGGAAGCGCCAGCAACAGCGUGGUGGAGCGCAUGUUGAGUUUACCGACGCCGAGAUCGAGAGCAGCAUGAACAACGCAGCUCCUGGUGCUCCGCAACUGAGCAUAAUGUCUUUCAAGACCGGUUUCCAUGGACGUCUGUUCGGCAGUCUGUCCACAACGCGAAGCAAACCAAUCCACAAGAUGGACAUUCCGGCGUUCGAUUGGCCCCAGGCGCCAUUCCCCAGCCUCAAAUAUCCCCUGCACGAGCACGUCAAGGAGAACGAAGCCGAGGAGAAGCGUUGUCUCGAGGAGGCCGAGGACAUCAUCAAGAACUACCACAACCCUGUAGCCGCCGUUGUCAUCGAGCCCGUCCAAUCAGAGGGUGGCGACAACCACGCGAGCCCAGCCUUCUUCAGAGGUCUGCGGGAGAUUACACGAAAGCACGACGUUCUGCUGAUCGUGGACGAGGUGCAGACCGGCGUGGGUGCAACGGGUAAGUUCUGGGCACACGAUCACUGGAAUCUGCAGGACCCUCCGGAUAUUGUCACCUUCUCCAAGAAAGCCCAGACAGCAGGUUACUACUUUGGAAACCCAGAACUGAGACCCAACAAGCCGUAUCGUCAAUUCAAUACCUGGAUGGGUGACCCGGCAAGGGCGCUGCUCUUCCGCUCAAUCAUUAGCGAGAUUGAACGGUUGAACUUGGUCGAGAAUACGGCUAUGGUUGGUGACUACCUUUAUGCUGGCAUCGAGAGUCUCGCCCAAAAAUAUCCCCAGCAAUUCCAGAACCUCAGAGGACAGGGCCAAGGAACCUUCAUUGCAUUCGAUAACCCGAAGCGUGAUGAGUUCCUGCUCAAAGCUAAAACCUUGGGCAUCAACAUCGGUGGCAGCGGUGCCUCGGCAGUCAGGCUACGGCCUAUGCUGAUCUUCCAGAAGCAUCACGCUGACAUCCUGCUUGACUCGCUCGAAAAGUUGGCCAAGUCGCUAUAA